AUGUUGGCACAACGCAAAUCUAUGACACCUGUCCAAAGCAGCAGUAUAAUGAAAACUGGACUUCCAGCUCCAAUAGCUAU